AUGCAACACAGAUGAACAACGUGGUGCCAACAUCACCUCUUCUCCCACAGCUGACACAUCCUCACUCCUUCCCAAGCAUGGGACAGAUCACAAAUCCGUACGAACAGCAGCCGCCAGGGAAGGAGCUUAACAAGUAUGCAUCCCUAAAAGCAGUAGGUAAGCAAAGAAUAUUGAAUUCCCCUCCUUCUUUAAUUUUGCCACGUCAGCAGGCUGAAUGCCUCAAUGUCCAUUUAAUAUUUCACACAGCUAAAUGGGGGGGGGGAGAGAGAUUUCUUGGCUUUUGUAAAAGCAGCAAGCCUGCUUUUUCAUAUAAAAUAAUAUACAAAAGUUUUCAUAUAUUAUAUUCAAAAUUAUUAUGGUAAAUCACCUCAUUCUUUCUAUCACUCACACAAAAUUAUUAUAAAUACAUCGUGUCAUAUUUCACAUACAUAGAAUACCAUUUCUCACAUUUUCCUAUUUCGGUUUCAUUAAGCUCUCCCUCGUGUAUUUUUUAAAAGAAAUCUAGCAAAGCUAUUUUGCACAAGUCCAACUAUUUCAUCAAUAUUAGGAGGGGGGAUCUUUGUUUUCCAUAGUCUCACUUUGAUAAUCCCCUGUCUCUUUAAAUUUUUUAAUAAUAUAUAAGCUUUAAGCUGUGUGCAACAAAGCCCAGCAUUUAACCUCUUGGUUUCAUAACUCAAAAACAAUGGGUAUUCAAUGCAUUGGGUAAUCAAUGUAUUCAGCUAAUGUUUGCUCAGAGUAGGCCUAUUGAAAUGAACCACCAUGACUAGCUUAGGUGUACGUUAAGUAAAAGUUAGCCUACUGUGAAGACUUUGGAUGGAUUUCAAUGUUGCACUAUUACGAUUGUUCCAUCAGUGCCAACAUUUACGUUUACCAAAUGGAAUGUUAUUCAUUCUCCUCCCUCUGUGUGCUGUUCUGAGGCUUCUCGUGACCCCCCAAAGCUGAUCUGGGGGGCAUGGAGGGUGCAAGAGGAGGAGGAGCAGGGGUCAAAGUCUUGUUGCUCUAGUGCAGGGGUGCCCAAACUUUUUUCAAAGAGGGACAGAUUUGAUGAAGUGAGAGCCGACCAAAGUUGUUGAGCUUUUUUUAGGAUUGAAAAUAAAAUUAAGUACUUAAUUCAUUCCGGAGGUCCGUUCUUAACCUGAAACUGUUCUUAACCUGAGGUACCACUUUAGCUGCGCCGCCGGAGCACUAUUUCUGUUCUCAUCCUGAAGCAAAGUUCUUAACCCGAGGUUAGCGGAGUCUGUAACGGUCUGUAACCCAAGGUUAGCGGAGUCUGGGUUAGCGGAGUCUGUAACCUGAAGCGUCUGUAACCUGAAGUGUAUGUAUCCCGAGGUACCACUGUAUUGCUUUUAUAUGCCACCUUUGACGCGGGUGGCGCUGUGGGUAAAACCUCAGCGCCUAGGACUUGCCGAUCGUCAGGUCGGCGGUUCGAAUCCCCGCAGCGGGGUGCGCUCCCACUGCUCGGUCCCAGCGCCUGCCAACCUAGCAGUUCGAAAGCACCCCCGGGUGCAAGUAGAUAAAUAGGGACCGCUUACUAGCGGGAAGGUAAACGGCGUUUCCGUGUGCUGCGCUGGCUUGCCAGAUGCAGCUUGUCACGCUGGCCACGUGACCCGGAAGUGUCUUCAGACAGCGCUGGCCCCCGGCCUCUUAAGUGAGAUGGGCGCACAACCCUAGAGUCGGACAUGACUGGCCCAUACGGGCAGGGGUACCUUUACCUUUACCUUACUCCAUUGAGCUCAAGGCUCAGUGGCUCCAUGGCUCUCUCCCUCCACAUUUAAUCCCCACAACAACCCUGUUAGGUGGUUUAGGCUGAGAGGUAGUGGCUGGCCCAAGGUCACCCACUGAGCUUCAUGGCCAAGUGAGAAUUUGAUCCCUGGUCUCCCAGGUCCUGGCCCACCAACUGUAACCACGACGCCCCCCUGGUUCCCUCUCCACCACCCUGGCUCACAAUUUGUGGUAUUCACAGAGCCAAUGUGCACAGCCCUAGUAUAUUUGUCCUACAAAGGCUGCUUCGGCCAAUAGUGUUAAGGGAAAGUUUUCAGACACAUGUGCCCAAACUCUGCUUUCAGACUUUUCCUUAUUACUGACACGGUUGUGGUCUCUUGGGGAAUUUCUCCAGCACUUUAUUAUUCAUGUAGAAAAGUGCUGAAAGUGGUUUUUCUGCAUAAAUUAUUCUCUCUCUUUUUCGAUUCAUCAAGCAUGUUUUUUUACUCCCAUGCUUAAAUGGUCACUGCUCACUCAUGCGCCAAUGACAAGAGCAGAGGUAACGUACCUGGACUUGUUCAUCACAGCUGGCUAGAAAGAGGACUAUCUCAGGGACUCUGUGGAAUUAGUUCAAAACUUGGAUUGCAUAAACAGGUCAAGCUUUACUUGCAGCCAUUAGAAUAACCCUGACCUUAAAUGAGGUGGGGGAGAAGAUGAUCUCAGAAAAAAAAAAUUUCCUAUAGUUUGGACAAUAGUUUGAGGGGCUGCAAAUUGGAGUAAAAAUCUUCUGCCAUGCAGAGGAAGAGCAGUAAUCCUUUUGACUCUGUUGAUACAGUUUUGUGAUGUCACCAUCUAAAGAAAUCUGAUGGUUUAUGUGGUACUAUAAUUUAGGGACGUGGGUGGUGCUGUGGGUUAAACCACAGAGCCUAGGACUUGCCGAUCAGAAGGUCGGCGGUUCGAAUCCCCGUGACGGAGUGAGCUCCUGUUGCUCGGUCCCUGCUCCUGCCAACCUAGCAGUUCGAAAGCACGUCAAAGUGCAAGUAGAUAAAAGGUGGGAAGGUAAACGGCGUUUCCGUGUGCUGCUCUGGUUCGCCAGAAGCGGCUUAGUCAUGCUGGCCACAUGACCCAGAAGAUGUAUGCUGGCUCCCUCAGCCAAUAAAGCGAGAUGAGUGCCGCAACCCCAGAGUCGUCCAUGACUGGACCUAAUGGUCAGGGGUCCCUUUACCUUUACCUAUAAUACCUUUUGCUUUAAUAAAUUUUAUAAAAUUUUCAAAAAAAAUUGACAUAUAUACUUCAAUACAUAAUAAAUUUGUCUUUUUCCGACAUCCCACCCCAUUUUCCAUGGUGUUUUAAUUUCUCCCCCUCUGCUGUACAAUAUCUCCUAUCUCUUAUACCAAUACAUCCCUACUGUGUUCUUUAUUUCCUUCUGUUGCUCAUAUUUCAAGUCCUGCUUGCGAGUUCAUCAUACUAUAAUAUUUACUUAAAUCGAAAAGGACUUCCAUUCUUCCACAAAGCAAUCAUCAUUAGAUUCUCUUAUUUUGGCUGUUAACUUUGCCAAUUCUGCAUAGUCCACAACCUCACUUAUCCAUUCUUCUUUGGAGGGAACUACUACUUCUUCCUUCUCUUCCUUCCAUUUUUGUGUGUAGAGAAUCCUGGCUGCUGUUGUUAUUUACAUAAAUGACAUAAUGGUCUUUUUUGGACCUUCUGUCCCUAUAAUCCCUAAGAGAAAGGCUUCCGGUUGUUUUGGUAUAAUCACUUUAAACAUCCUUUUUAUCUUGUCAUAUGUCAUGUCCCCAAAAACUCUCACUUUCUUACAAGUUAGGGUUGCCAUACGUCCAGAAUUUAUUGGACAUACCCAGAAUACUGUGGUUGAAAGGAGUGUCCAGGCAAAACUUGGCAAAACUUGGCAAAAUGUCUGGGAAAAUCCAGAUGUAUGGCAAGCCAUGUGGGCAGUGCUGUUUUUCAUAAAUAAUAGUUCAAAAUAGAUCAGAAAUGGCAAUCAACAACAUUUGUGUUCAGAUUUUCACCCCGGACACAACCCUAUCACAACCCUAUUACAAGUCCACCACAUAUGAAAGAAAGUUCCAUCAACCUGCUACAUGGUACUAUAAUACGCCAGCUAUACAACCUUUGAUUGGCCAGAUCACAAAAACAGCACACAGAAAUACCUUCUUUUUAGAGAACACACCAAAAGAGCUUUCAAGAGGGUCAAGGAAAAGGAGGAAGACCAGAAACUAAUGCAGUACUCUAUCAAUGGGCAUUAGUGGGAGAUUUUACUUUCUUGGGCUCCAUGAUCACUGCAGAUGGUGACAGCGGCCACAAAAUUAAAAGACGCCUGCUUCUGGGGAGAAAAGCAAUGACAAACCUAGACAGCAUCUUAAAAAGUAGAGACAUCACCUUGCCAACAAAGGUCGUAUAGUUAAAGCUAUGGUUUUCCCAGUAGUGAUGUACGGAAGUGAGAGCUGGACCAUAAAGAAGGCUGAUCGCCGAAGAAUUGAUGCUUUUGAAUUAUGGUGCUGGAGGAGACUCUUGAGAGUCCCAUGGACUGCAAGAAGAUCAAACAUGUCCAUUCUUAAGGAAAUGAGCCCUGAGUGCUCACUGGAAGGACAGCUCCUGAAGCUGAGACUCUGAUACUUUGGCCACCUCAUGAGAAGAGAAGACUCCCUGGAAAAGACCCUGAUGUUGGGAAAGAUGGAGGGCACAAGGAGAAGGGGGCGACAGAGGACGAGAUGGUUGGAUAGUGUUCUCGAAGUGACCAGCAUGAGUUUGACUAAACUGCGGGAGGCAGUGGAAGACAGGAGGGCCUGGCAUGCUCUGGUUCAUGGGGUCACAAAGAGUCGGACACGACUAAACAACAACAACAACAUCAAUGGGCAUUAGAAGAUGCAGAUUUAAUAUAAAUUUGCUUUGUGAAUUUGGGGGAGGCAGAUGCAUAUCUGUAAGAAGUACAAAAACGUUGUUGCAGUUCUUUUUCCUCUCGAUAUUUCUCCUGGAAUGUGGUCCUGAAUUCCAGGCAAGCUACUUGCUUCCUGCCUGUGGAAGUUUGGCUAAGAUGUGUGUAUACACAGAGUGAGCAGUGGAAAUAAUGGAAUGGAAGACAAGAUACCCCCCAAGAAACGGUGCUCUUUUCUUGUAAAUAAAAAGGAAAUAUCCAAGCAUGGCUCCAGGACAGAUAAUGCUGUCUGAUGUUGUUUUGAAAAAUGGGGAAGUCGAAGCAGCACAGGGCUAAUAUAUUCUGACCGUGUUUCCAUCAACGCUGCUAGACUUGUAAAAAGAGACUUACGUUUCCUUGAAAAUACUCAGCCAGGGAAUGCAAACCUAAUAGCAGAGUGGUACUUUCCCCCUUCCCUCCUCCAAAUCUCUGUGUCAGACAGCAGUAAAAUAUUGAACUUUCAGCUUCCAGAAACGCCUGUAGGAGGAGGGAAAAUAGAUCAAGGGAGUCUUAGCCUUAGGGAUAUCUCUCCAGGUUUAAUGCCGAAAAAGCAGGCUGCAAAGUACAGAUUAAUGCAUCGUUUGUCACAUCCAGAGGAUGAUACAUUUAAUGAUUUCAUGUAUCUUCAGGUAUCUUCAGGUUUACACAUAAUGCUCAGCUAGGUUUUUCCCUUUGAUUCACCACCCUGGGCCAUGGAUCUCUCCCACCCAAGUGAGAAGCAGAAAGGAAACAUCCACCGCUAUCAGAGCAUAACAAGAGCUCUGCUGGAUCAGGCCCAAGACCCAGCUAGCCCAGCCACCUGAUCUCACAUUGCUGAUCCCAAUUAUAAGAAAGGAGAUUCCAACUAAACACUAGGGAGAACUUUCUGAUGGCGAGAGCUGUCCAAUAGUGGAACGGACUCCCUCAGAAGGUGGCAGACUCUCCUUCUUGAAGGUUCUUAAACAAAGGUCGGGUGGCCCUCUCUCUGGGGUUCUUUAGCUGUGAUCCCUGCAUUGCAAGGAGUUGGACCAGAUGGCCCUUGGGAUCCCUUCCAACUUGACAAUUAUGUGAUUCUACAAGGAACUAGAUUGGUCUUAGCUGUUAUAUUGCAAAGGUCAGUUGUGGGCCUCUCCAUAGGAACACAGAAAGCUGCCUUGUACCAAGUUAGACCAUUGGCCUGCCUAGCUCAGUAUUGCCUCCACAAACUUUGAGCAGCUCUCCAGGGUUUCAGACAGGGGAUAUUCUGAUGCUGGGGAUGUCAUGGCUAAAAAUUGGCCACUGUUUCUUUAAUGCUUAAAAAGCUGGGUCAGCAUGAGUCAGCGGCCUGCACCGGGUUGUAUACAUAGAGUGAGAAAUGUUAGUUUGGUGUUGGGUUGGUUGGUUGGUUAGUGAAAGUAGUAGUGUUGAUGCGUGUACAGUUGGUCAGUCGCUUUUGUAGAAAGACUUUUAAGAAUAAAAGCAGAAAGUACUCUGCAAGGAUACUUUUAUGCCGACAAGGGUCCGAGGACCAGGCUGAGGCGACAAAGGGAGGUCAGAACCUUUGUUGUUGUUUUUUUACAAACACUGACAGGGGAUUGAACCCAGGAGCUUCUGAAUGCAAGGUAGAUGCUGUACCACUGAGCUACAGCCCACUUGGAGGAACUGCCCUCAUCAAAACAGAUUCUAUGCCAAGUUAUGGCACACUUAGAAUUACUGCACUUCAUCCAUCUCACUUUUUUGCUUGUCAAGCAGUCCUAAAGAAUUUGGCAAGCACAGCCAGAUUUACAGUCCCAUCCCCCCAAUUUCCUAUCAAUUGUCAGUGAUUGUGAAAGGAGCAGAAAAACAAGUUUGCAAAUAGAGUAAAGCUUUGCAAACAGUUAUUAAACACUGGUGUUAAGGAGAGGGGCUCUGAGCAUGUCUUGAUUAACCAAUAGUUACUGGAAGCUUCAGGAUAGACAAAAAAGGUACAUCUUCAUCCAGUGCCUAGUUAAAGUUUGGCAUUUGCUCCUACAAGUAUAUGAAAACAGACUUUCUCUUGUCUGCACUGAAGCUUCCAACAUUCAUCUUCAUUUGAUAUCCUCAAGUUCUAGACAUCAACAUAAUUUCCAAUGUGGGCAACUUAAUUAAAGAUUUCUUCUGGGUGGACUGAAAACCCCCCAGUAUGGAAUGAUUUUUUCCUGUCAUGGAAAUGAAACAGAUCCCCCAAGAAAUCCCAGAAUCCCAUUGGGACUUGGGCACUCUAAGUCUACAUGGCAGUAAUGUUCCACAUAGGAUCACUGCUGGGAGAGGCAGUCUUAGUUCCUGGUGGGGGAAGAUGAUCCAUCAAGGACUGGGUUCAUGCAGAGUCCUUGUGAAGAGGAAAUGACUGUUAAACCACUCUAGUUCUGUAUAGCUCUGGGGAAAUAACAGGGGUCUCCUAACUGCUCUCAACUAACUACUAACUACUGCUCCUUAACUAACUACAGCUCCCAGAAUUCUUUGAUGAAAGCAACGGCUCUUUAAAGUGGAAUGAAAGUGCUUUAAAUGUAUGGCAUAAGCAUAACUUAAGGCUCAACACAUUUCAGAGCAAGCAGGGAAUUACUUCUGUACCCCCUACUCAGACUCAAAUGCAACGUUUACUUUACACUACUAAUAAUAAAGAACCUUACACAUCAGAGGAAAGGAAAAUGGAAUUAGAAAUGGAUUUGGAGGAUCUUCAAAGUUUUAAUGGCUCAUCCUGAGCAAAGAUGUCUCAGGAAUGCAUCUUAAAGACAUGAAUAUGGAUAACCCAAGAGGUUGAGUGACAGGUUUAAACUUAAAGAAGAUUUAAAGGUUAAAGAUAAUCUGUUUGUCAGACUUGUGGCUAGCUGAUCUGACAACCACCUUUACUUACAUGACAGAAAGAUGUUAGCAGAACAGAUACAAUGGGAGAGACACUCUCAAGAGGAGUGAGUAACCCAUCUCUGGCUGAGUUUGAGUUCUAUUGGCUAAAUCCACAAAUGUCCUUCAUUGUGCACAGGUCUAGAUGUAUGAGACAUUGGUCAAUUUAUGCAAAAGUUGCCAACAUGGCGCCCAUCAGGAUUUCUAAGCACUGGAGGCUGGUCCAUUAGGACAAAAAGGGCUCAACCCUAUCAAAUGAAAUGCCGUGUGUGUGUGUGUGUGUGUGUGUGUGUGUGUAUUAGUGGUAUACUCUUUUCUGUCCCACAAAUCCUUCCAAAAUCCAUUUUAACGUAGAGACAGUCCUGGAUACAACAAUCUCCUAUUCUCUGGCCAAUCAUCCCUCUGCACCACUCAGCCAAUCUCAAUCCAAAAGUAUUUCUUUGGCUAGGAGGUCCCACUCAUUUGCCACCAGGCAGAAAAAAACCACAUUUUUUUGUUUUGUUUUAACAGAGCUACUAGUUGUCCUGCUUGUGUAGUUUUCCUUUCCCUCCUGUUAUCAUUAUCUCAAUCCGGGUAAGGCAUUUAGCAUUAACUGAUCUAUCAUUUAAUGCUGAUCUAUCAUUUAAAUCUAUCAUUUAAUUUAAUGAUCUAUCAGGAGCUGUUCUGAGCAUGCUCAGAGCUGUUUUCUUCAAAGCCACACCUCCAAACAAAUCUGAGUAUGGUUUUUUUGUGGGCAGGAGAAAUGAGUGGUUGUUAUUUCGAGAAGCUUGGUGCUUUUUUUAUUAGUAUUUGUUAACGGAGACAUUACCAGAACAUGGAAUAAAGUGGUCAUUUCUGCCCAAAAGGGGCUGUAACUCGCCGGCCAGCUAGAGCUGGAAAAAUGGACUCCUAGUCACUGGGUGUCAUCCACAUUGUUGUUGUUGUUGCUAUUACUAUUUUAUUUAUACCCUGCUCAUCUGACUGGGUUGCCCCAGCCACUCUGGGUGGCUGCCAAUACAUAUAAAACAUAAUCAAACAUCAAACAUUAAAAACUUCCUUAUACAGGGCUGCCUCCAUAUGUCUUCUAAAAGUUGUGAAGUUCUUUACUUCCUUUGCAUUUGCUGGGAGGGCAUUUCACAGGGUGGACGCCACUGCCAAGAAGACCCUCUACCUGGUUCCCUGUAAGUCUACUUUUUUCAGUGAGAGAACCACCAGAAAAAGCCUUGGACUGAAUGAUGGGGGUGGAAACGCUCCUUCAGGUACAGGUCCGAGGCCGUUUAGGGCUUUCAGACUCCAGGGACAGUGUUGAGUCCAGGAGCACCACCAAGUCAUGGGCCUGCUCAGGACAGACCAUCUCCCCACCUCCUGGGCUUGAGAAAGUCAGGACACAUAACACCUCUGUCUUUUCAGGAUUUAGUUUCAGUUUUCAUACUGAUUUUGAAAAUGAAGCGGCAGAAUAAUGUGGAAGGAACAGACAUAUGAAUGAACACAUGCAAAACUGACCCAAGAUGGGAACAGAUUGAGUCAUCCAUCCCUAGGUGUAAAUGUAUCUUGCACGGUUUUGGGGUUUUUUUAAGGCAAAGUAUUCGAUCAGUUCUUCUUUGGUAGUCAAAUCGGCAAACUACUUUUCCUUCCUCUUAGGGAGGAAGGGAAAGCUACCGUGAGUAUUAAAAGUAAUAUAUUCAGUACAGAGAGUACUCUGUGUCAAGAAGAAAAAAGCUCUUAGUUUGACAGCAAGGAAACUUAUGCUUUAUGUUCAGAAUAAAGUGUACAACUUCUCUGUAUUGCUCUCUUACAUUCUAGAAAAAAACAUAUUCCGUAGCUGAUUUUAUCGCACAGCUAAUAUUGGGGAGGGUUUUUGUGUGGAGAACAUCGCCUGACUUUUUUUGCUUCAGAGCAGGGUUGACUGAAAUGUCAUGUGAAAUGAGCUCUGGGACCCAACAGAUCCAAGCAACAUAGUACAAGAGCCCUCAUUUGCAGAGAUUUGGAAAUUUAUUUCAGCCCUCAAGAACAUUCAAUCCAAGAACAUCUCAGCAUCUUUCCCUUGGAAGGUUCCAGUGAUAUCAAGGGGCAAAAUGGUUUGCGAAGUAUCCAGAGUUAUGCAAGGAGGGAGAAACAAGAGGAGUUGAGGGGCUGGGUCCAGACUGGCCCUGGGACACAAACUUUCAUGGCCCUCUAGCAGCUACGGUGGCUCAUUUACCAGAAGUAGUUUAUUUAACAUUAACUCUGGAAGUGUAUAAAAUGGUACCUCUGGUUGCUAAUGGGAUCCGUUCCGGAGGCCCAUUCGCAACAUGAAAAGAGUGCAACCUGAAGCGCUGUAUCUGUGCAGGUGUGCGGCACGAUUUGGUGCUUGUGCGCAUGCGCGAACAGCGAUUUAGCAUUUCUGCGCAUGCACGAGCAACGAAACCCGGAAGUUACCCUUUCCGGUACUUCCGGGUCGCCGUGGGACGUAACCUGAAAGAAUGUCACAUGAAGCAAAUGUAACAUGAGGUAUGACUGUACUUGAUUCUCACCAAGCUAAGCCUCCUAAGAGGCUUUUGCUAUUGCCAUCUGACCCAAACCUAUGUUUACUGUGAACUGGAACGCCUGCGACCUUGUUCCCAUUCCCACAGGAAGACAAAACCCACUAUUUUUCACCAUUUAGGCUUUUCAGCUGUCGCCACUUUUAAGAAGGAGAAAAGCUCGCACACAAUGGGCAUGAUGAUUUCAAUGGACCUUUUUUUGUUGCCUGCAGAAUAGAAACCUGAAACCACAUAUUUAGCACUUAGUGAAAUUUCCACACUGAUGUGACAAAACUGCACAUUAAGGAACUGUCCUUGUGCUGCCGACGAGAUCCAUUAAGACAACGUCGGCUGUCACUGAGACAACAGGCUUUUCAGUCAGAAGGAGAGAGUUCCACUUCUGCAGAAACAAAAAAAGAACAUUUAGUAAGGGAAACAAGUCCUGCGGUGUUAUAUGGAGAACUGAAUGCUGAUAGAAAUAUAAAAUAGUACUUAUUAAAGUAUAUAAAUGUAUAAAUGCACUAUACAUUUAAAGCAGCAGCUUACCACUUUAAACUGUCAGGGCUUCUCUCAAGGAAUCCUGGGAAACAUAGUUUGUUAUGGGUUCUGAGAGUUAUGAGGAGACCCUUAUUCCCCUCACAGAGCUACAGUGUCUAGAGUGGUUUAACAGGGAAUCUCUCUUUCCAAGAAACUCUGGGAAGUCCAAUCACCUUUUCUGGUGGGUGGCGUGGCAGCCAGGCAUUGGCCCCCUGCAGUGGUUCAGCGGGGAAUGGAGAGUGACACACCCCUCCAUUGGUGUUUGGGCCACGUCACUGGUGUUGUGCGGGUCCCCGCUGUCCAAUCAGUGCUGACAGGAGGCAUGGCUGCAGGAAAUUUAACCUGUGGCAUGGCUGAGGAGCCCUCCUCUCACGCCCUGUGUACAGGUGUGUGCAUCCGUGUGUGUGUAUGCUUUUCCCACACCAGGACUCAAGGUGGCUUCCACAAAUUAAAACAACAUAGAUAAAAUACAAAAAGCUAAAAACAUAUAAAAGAUAAUAGGUUUUUAAAGUAAAUUACUUUAUUUAAAUCAAUCUUUAUUACGGUCCAGAGACUUUAUUUAAAUAGCAAUUAAACUCUAAUACUAUAUAAAAAAACAAAUCUAUUAACAUGCAGAUAAUAAAAACAGCACAGCACUAGUAAAACCCUUUCCUUUAAAAAAAGAAAAAGUCAGUUCCUCGGGGUCCCUAAUGACUGAAUGAUUGACAAGGCUGGGAUAGUACAGGCAUAUCAGUCCAUACUAGAGGGGAGAGGGAGACAUGGUGAUGUGAUACCUCUCAAGGAAUUCAGAUAACUGCAGCAAACAAGGAGAUAAUCACCAGGAUCAAUGUAGGAUCAAGCUAAUUUGGUUACACUAAUACACUGAAGCAUCAAACGCCUUUGAAAGAUUUUAGGAUCUCCUGGAUUCAUUAUCCUUAAGCCUUUCCUUAAGCCACCAAUCUAGACACUUCCCAUCUUCACCAUUUUAAUGGUGAGAGGUAAAGUGCAUACCUCGUUUCUGAAAUGCUGAGAAAUCAUUGCAUGCUGGUCCCAAGGAUGCUACAGGCAUCAUAUGAGAGGUAUCAGUUAUCUUGUGAUGUUGUGGGUUUAUUGUUGGGUUCCACCAAAUAUGUUCUAUUUUACUUCCUUUUCUUUUAUUGCUAAAAUAGUGAAUUAGGAGGGAGAGUGAUAUAAAUAUUUCAGGAAGAAGAAGAAAAAUUCCACUCUCUCAUUGAGUGCCACCAUCCCCAUUAAAGUUUAUUUCGGCUUUCUGGAUUAGUUAGCUAUGCAUUCCAACCAAUCAGGAAUCAUGUAAUACCUAGGAUGCUGUCAAAACACUGUGCAACCAAUCAGAUUUGGCAAUGGGAUGACACCACUGUUGAUAAGACAAAUGAAAAUGAAGAUACCACUUCUGGAUUAGUUAUGUGAGUUAUCCCAGUCAAUCAAGGAUUAAAUUGUGAAUGGGACAGUAUAUCACAACUUUGUGUGUCAUUCAGGUCUCACAGUUACUGAUGGUAAAUUAUUACUACUAUCAUUUAUUACAUUUGUAUAUCGCCCUUCACCCGUAGACCUCAGAGUGGUUUACAACAAUGAGAGAGACGGUCUUAAUCCAAAUUACACAAUCUACGUUUCCCAGUGGAUGAGAGAUCGUGUGGUGAACAGAACACCACCACUAUGGGAUGAGAUCACUUGAGGGCAAAUAAACUCAUUUGAGAAAGAAUGAAUGAGAGUGGGCAAUGUAAACUGGGAAACAUCUUCACAAGGAGUGUCAGAAUGGAGGGUGGGAUCCUUUACAUUUUGACACUAUAGAAAAUGCUCUGAGAAAAUGGUGAGUCAUUUUGACUCAACCAUAGUUUAUUGCAUCCAAGCUCAGCUACCUAGUGUGGACUGUUUUGAUGAUUCGUCACAUCACUAAUGAGAGCAAAGUCUAGGUGCAUCUUCACAAUGCUUAUUUUCAUGGCAAUGUUUUUGGGGGGAGGGUGGAAAGGAAAAGCCUUUUCACUCUUUCAAAACUAUUCACCCCCCCAAAAAAAAACCACACACACCCCAUUGGUGCUGGGGCAGGGAGCUUUUCACACUGACCAAUCAAUCCAGAGCCAGUUUGAAGUCUGCAUCGUGAUAUUGGUUUCAUAAUUUUUGACCUGGCAACAUAUCGCAAAUCAUGAUGUGUGUGUGUGUGUGUACUAUGCAAAAAUCUCAAUGUGGGAAAAACUGUGAAGCAGCCCAUGCUUCUCUCAAUUCCUGCAGGCCCUGUUAACUCCGCUAGCUCAGGUCUCCCUUGCCUCCUGCAGGGGGCAGUGAAUCACAAGAGCAGGAUCCAUCGGUAUCUCACAGUGUUUAGCCAAACCCUACUGACAACCAUUUACUCUUACUUCUGCACCAACAAUAGGAAAGCAUCCUCAAGUGCAACAGAAUAGCCUGGAGUAAGGGUGAUGGGCAGGCCACAUAGCAUACAUCGCUUGGCUACCCAAAUCCACAGCAUCAUUUCUCACUUCGCAGCAUUCAAUGCCACGAGUUUCUCCCUUACUCUAUCAAAUGAUAGGCCCUCCACCUCCAUUCUAGUAAAGUAAAGGUAAAGGGACCCCUGACCAUUAGGUCCAGUCGUGGCCGACUCUGGGGUUGCGGCGCUCAUCUUGCUUUACCGGCCGAGGGAGCUGGUGUACAGCUUCCGGGUCAUGUGGUGAGCAUGACUAAGCCACUUCUGGCGAACCAGAGCAGCGCACGGAAACGCCGUUUACCUUCCCGCCAGAGUGGUACCUAUUUAUCUACUUGCACUUUGACGUGCUUUAGAACUGCUAGGUUGGCAGGAGCUGGGACCGAGCAACGGGAGCUCACACCGUCACGGGGAUUCAAACCACCGACCUUCUCAUUGGCAAGUCCUAGUCUCUGUGGUUUAAUCCACAGCACCACCCGCGUCCCGGAUCCACCUCCAUUCUAAUGAUGCCCAAAUGAGGGGGGUGGGAGUUUCUGGAACUCACUCCCUUCUUGAUAGAUGCACCCCUCUUCUUUUCCCUUUAUUUCAAAAAGGGGGAGACUUACAGGUCCAAAUAAACCUAUAGUCUGUCUUUGUUGCUGUUUCCACCAGCUCCAGUGUUGCUCCCAAGCACAUUGUACAAGCACGCUGCCCUGGUGCCUGGGGAUGUACACAUAGUAUUACUGUAAAUGUGCCGGCAUAAGCCUUGACAAUUCUCUUACAAUCAGUGAAUGUUCAGCCAUUGUCAGUUUAGUUCUCUCCCCCCCCCCAUCCCCACCCUGGUGACAAGGACAAUUCGGAAAGCAUAAAAUAUGUGCCAUGUAGGGAUAUUGGCAGCUUUGGUGGGUUUUGACAGUGUGCUUUUUUGCUGUUUGUGUUUGAGAUAGAUGCCUUAAAAAAAGAACAAAAAAAACCCCAAAACCUUUUUUUUAAGAAAAGAGGUGGAAAAUUGGAUUGGCAAGGCUAGCUUUGAACACCAUUGUCUUUUGAGGUUGACACGUCACAGCUGCACACGGCAUUACCAGUUGAAAAUGGGGUUUGGAGGCAUGCAGUGACGGUUGCCUUUCAGCUGUACAUUCAUCCCCAGGUAAACUCAGGCAUCCACUGUAUUGAGGCAGCUUUGAAAUCAAUUCAUGUGCAGCAAAGAAAAAAUGAAAUUGGGGAAAGAGGAGCGCAAGCUGUGAUGUUUAUAAUGCCUGGAGUAGUGGAGAGAGAGAGAGAGAGAGAGAGAGAGAGAGAGAGAGAGAGAGAGAAGUCGCUUAAAGUUCUGACCCAGCCAUUAUGGGAUGAGGUUGUUGUUGUUGUUGUUGUUGUUGUUGUUGUUGUUUAGUCGUUUAGUCGUGUCCGACUCUUUGUGACCCCCUGGACCAGAGCAUGCCAGGCACUCCUGUCUUCCACUGCCUCCCGCAGUUUGGUCAAACUCAUGCUGGUAUCUUCGAGAACACUGUCCAACCAUCUCGUCCUCUGUCGUCCCCUUCUCCUUGUGCCCUCCAUCUUUCCCAACAUCAGGGUCUUUUCCAGGGAGUCUUCUCUUCUCAUGAGGUGGCCAAAAUAUUGGAGCCUCAGCUUCAGGAUCUUGGGAUGAGGUAGGAACCACCUUAUAUUACACCAGAGAAUUUGGUUGAGACCAGUGCUCUGUUCUCACAGGAGAUGGCUCUUCAGGUCUGUCAAACCAAGUCUUUUUCACGGACUGAACCUGGGACCAUAAGCAAGGAAAGCAUGUGCUCUCCAACUCAGCUAGGGACCCUCCCCAGAUCCACCAACUGCAGGGAUUCAGUGACAUCCAUGUGGACAAUGCUAUAGGUACAGUUUCUCAUAACGCUCUAGAGGUCUGGGGUGGGAGAGGCAAAUAUCUCGUUUUCCCAUCCUUAAACUCAUGCCUUGCCAAGGGGGCAAGGUGUUCUUUGGGAAUCUGGCUGGCACUUUAACAGGCUUUAUGUGGUUGAAAAGUAUGUAGCAGAAAACAAAGGAAAGCAGAUCUUUUACAGCCUUUGGAGUUGUUGGGAAAUCUUCUUAGCAACAUUACCAAAGUCCUGAUAGCCAAGUUAUCUCCUCUCACUCUUCCUGUCUCUUAAGGUUUGUGUUGGGACCUCCACUAAGCAAGGGCUCUACUUGGCUUUAUGUAUUGUUUCUAAUGUAUUAGAAUGAAAUCACCACACUUUCCACUGUCCUGACUGCAAAGCCAAUGGGCGACGUCAAAGGACUGGCUAAUAGUCGAGGGAGAUAGGUUCUCGGUCCUGUGCUAAUCCCUUGCACCCAAGAAACCUAACUGCUGUCCAGUGUCAUAUUUGAUUGCCUUAAGGGAAGCUCACCGCCCCAUCAUUGUACUCAUGCUGUGGUCUUUACUGAAGUGCACAGCUCUUACUCAUGACAUAAUAUAUUUCUAUAGCCAGUUAAUUAGACAAGGAGUCUAAUUAAGUAGUUUCAGGCCUCUAAAUAAACUCUACAAAAGGCACCAAAAAGAUGACCUGUUGGAGGUCAUGAUAGUAAUAUUCUUCCAUGUGUUUCCCAUACUGUUCAGUGUUCCACAUUUCUGCAUUAGUUUAUGAUUUUUCCCCCCUUUUAGAAGUCCUCAUGCAAAUUCAUCCACGUUUUAGUGUGAAUUUCUCCUAAUAGGCAAUGUUUUGUAUGCCAUUUCCCCUGAUAUAUACACAUUUUUGCGAAGCAAUUUCUCCCGUCUCAUUGGAAAACUAUAAAAUAUAUAUGGACAAAUGUAAUGCUGUUUUGUAUGUUAUUUUCACUAAUAUCUGCACGUUUAUGUGCACAGUACCCUAGCACACUUUCCUUGGCAGUGCAUGGCAAAAGUCAGAGAAGGCUGGCUGCAUUUCAGUUUGCAUAUUCUCUGGCAGGUUCAUCUUUAAAUUCAAACUGAGUUGAAUUUCUCUCCCAUCCCUAAGUUCAGCUCAGAUGGUUUCAGAGAGGGGAAAUCCUGCAGCAGGCAAGGAUGUAGUCCUCCACUUCAUUCAUAAUGUAAUGCAUUACUUUGGGCAGAUACCCAAAUUAUGCAGUCCCCCCUUUCAGAGGAGGUACAAAAACAUGUUUUGAAGUCAUCCACCUGCAUGCAUCGAACACUGCAAAAGUCUCGAUUCAAUCAUGUGUAUAAUCAUAUCAAGGUUUCCUUCUGGAAAAAAGUAUUUUAUCAAUGUGUACUUGCCCAUUGGCAUCACAGAGUGAAGAUGCAAAUAAACCAGAAAGUGCAGGUCCAUAUUUCAGAAUAAAUUCUAUACGCUCUCUCCAGUAUACCCAGAGAACUCUGAAGGAGUGAGAUGGGGGGGAGGGAAUCUAGCCAUUCCUAGUAGAAGAGAAGAGUGCUCUGUCUCAGCAUGCUUGGCUUGGACAUGCUGAGAGACCACACCUUCAGAUAGAGCAUUUUCUUUCCUGGGAACUGGCUGUGAAGCCUCAUGUUAGAGAGUUGGAUGAAGGCUGGAGAGACCCAGGUUCAAAUUCCCACUCAGGCACGAAGCUCAUUAGGUGACGUUGGGCCAAUUGGCCAAACCUACCUCACAGGAGUUUUGCAAAGAGAAAAUUGUGGGAGAAGAACCAGGUAUGUUGUAUUACGCCACUUGGAAGAAAGGUGGGAGAUUGAGUAAGGAAACAAGAGAAGCUAAUUGCAGACAGGGUGUGGGGCCACUGAAGUUGGGGGGCUGGUGUGGGGGGGGUGAAACACACCUUUUCUCUGCACUAUUGUUUCCAUCAAACUCAGAGCACUCCCAUAUGCAUGCACACAGCUUCUUUAAAGAUUAAAAUGAAAUACCAGGAGGCCCCAACACAUAUCUAAGUAUUUGUGAAAAAUAUGAAAAUUCCAGGGUGGGCGCUGUGGGUUAAACCACAGAGCCUAGGACUUGCCGAUCAGAAGGUUGGCAGUUCGAAUCCCCGCGACGGGGUGAGCUCCUGUUGCUCGGUCCCUGCUCCUGCCAACCUAGCAGUUCAAAAGCACGUCAAAGUGCAAGUAGAUAAAUAGGUAGCGCUCUGGUGGGAAGGUUAACAGCAUUUCCGUGUGCUGCUCUGGUUCGCCAGAAGCGGCUUAGUCAUGCUGGCCAGUAAAGCGAGAUGAGCGCCGCAACCCCAGAGUCGGCCAUGACUGGACCUAAUGGUCAGGUGUCCCUUUACCUUUACCUUUUAUAAAAAUUGCAAAGAAGCCAAGAUGAAGUAGCAGUCCUUUGAAAAAUUGUAGCAGAGUGAUCAUAGCACAAAACAUGAGUGGGAACGUCUUAAGCACAAUGAUACCACUCCCAGUCUAAUCUCAGUAGAUUGUCCAAAAUCCACUCUUCCCAUUUCAACCCCCCACAAAAGGCCAAAAGUAUGGUGCAGGAGAUCAGUAAUUAGCAUUGUGUCUACCUUAGCACUAAACCAGGUAAACCAGGUAAACCAGCACAAUAGGAAAAACCAGCACAGAGGAUCCCACCAAAUGCAAUCUGGAGAGUUGGGAGAACCCCUAGAACAGCAUAUGGGGUAGAGGUGGGGUGAAUUGUUCUGUCUGGGAAGCAGAAAUGCUGACAGAACAAUCAGAAAAGUGUGACACUGAAUUCCUCCCUGCGUCUUUAUGGAGCAUUUUCCAUCCCCAGCCCCUGUUUUUCCACCCAAGCUAAGUGAUUCUGUUCUCCCAAUUCGCCAGUUUCCUGCUACUGGUUCCGUGCCACUCCAGGAAAACCUCUUUUGAUUUAAUUAGCUGCAACGUUAAUGGGGGUGGAAAACAAAGUACUCUAAUGACGCUUGCAGUGCUAAAUCAUUUAUGGGAGAUAUGGUAAUAAAACUCUUUCAAAACAUGGCACAAAAGACAGAGUACCCUUCCCACGCUUUUAAUCAGAAAAGAAACCCCUACGUUUCUCCUAUCAGAAGGCAAUUUCCACCCCCUGAGGAGCUGCCUGACCAAGGUCCUGAUUUUGUCUCUUGCCAAAAAAAAGCAAAAAGCUGUUUUUUCGGUUAACGUGCUGAACAUUUUUUGCCCUUUGUACUUCUAGAACUGAGCCCAGACAGGCUCUUGAAGGUACUACAGAAACUAAAAACAUAAAUGUAAGCAUGACAUUUAAAAAAUGAUUAAUUAAAAUGCAAAAAUCCAUAAAAUACUAGUACAGUGGACGCUCGGGUUGCGAACAUGAUCCGUGCAGGAGGCACAUUCACAACCCACAGCGCCGCAUCUGCGCAUGCGCAGGUCGUGAUUUGGUGCUUCUGUGCAUGUGCAAAGCAUGAUUUAGCGCUUCUGCGCAUGCGCAAGCACCAAAACCCGGAAUUAACCCGUUCCGGUACUUCCGGGUUCAGCACUGUGCGCAACCCGAAAACACGCAACCUGAAUUGUCUGUAACCUGAGGUAUGACUGCAAUGCAAAUCCAUAAAAUACUAGUAAAGCAGUUUUACUGUCCCAGUGGUGAACAAGAAGACUAAUGGGGGAGGAUUGUAGUUCAGUGGCAGAGCAUAUAAUCUGCAUACAGAAAGUCACAGGUUCAGUGCCCAUGACCCCUCGGCACCCCUCACAGUCAUAGCAGUGGCCUUGCAAACAGGCCCCACCCACUUCAGUUUCCCACUCAUCACUUCUUUAUGGGAGACCAAUCAACUGAGUAGUGGGGAAACAGUGAAAAACUUUCUCGGGGGCAUUCAAAUGACCCGGAUCUUGUUUUCAUAGAAACAGGAAGUGGUGCCAUAUUGAGUGGAAGGGGAAAUGGGUCUGAACUUAGAGGGAUGCAUGGGUCCAGUAACAUGUUGAAAUGUACUGAAGGAAAGGCUCUCUGGGAAUUUGGGGCUCUGUAUGAAAAAGUGAGAAGCUGUGAUGGCUUCAGGGCUUUUGUGACAAUGCCAGUAUUUUCACAGCAGUUGGCAGGUAUGAGCUCACCUUUGAAAUUUGCACUUCAAAUUUCAAAUUCAAAAAUUCAAAUUUUUUGGUUGGAAUGCACUUUUGCAUUCCAACCAAGGCAUGUGUAUUCUAAUGGGGGAAAUGUGCUUAAAAAUUCAGAAACUCAUGAAAAUGACAUAGUGAGAUUUAUUUACUUCUACCAAUAUAUAUCCUUCACUAUUAUUAAAAAAAAAAAUCAGAAUGGCUACAACUAAUAUAUUAUAUUGGGGGGGGAGGAUGAGUGUAUGGGGUUACAGCCCUUGAAUGCAGAAAUGCUCCUCAGCCUUCCCUUGAAAGGAGCUCAUCUCCUUUUCAUUGGGGGUCAGUUCCACCCCCAUGUCUGUGUAGCAGACAGAAAAUGCCUCACUGAUAGGUUCCAGAUCUCCAAAAGGAGGCAGCAAUGAAGGCUGACAAGAGCCCUAUAAGAUGCAAUCUCAGAUCCUGUUUGGAAAUUGGAACAGGCCAUUCUCUACAUUCCAUGUUUUAAUUAAAAAGAGAAGACAUCCCUUUAACUACACCUGCAUGUUAUAUAAAGCACUCAGGCGCCAAUUAAGAAGGAGACAGAUGGAGACAGGUAAGGCGUGUAGAGCGUAAUUUUACAACAUGGACUCCUUCAAAAGCAAUUUAAAUUCACCUGGAGGAGGAAAAGCAUCUCUUUAAGGAAGGGAACAUAUUACGGCACCAAAAAGAAACUCUGAGCACGCAGCUGUUAAACACCUAAUGUCCUUGAUGCAAGCCUAGCAACUCACAUGGCAAUAAUUGCCCAUGAAAUUCACCAUGGGCAAAGUCCCAACUGGAGAAUUUUGGAGCACUUAAGUACUCCUGGAGUCUUACUUAUCUGCAGAUGGACAGUAUUUUAAGAGCUGAUUCCUCAUGCUACAUUUUAAACUCAUGUCUGCAAGCCCACAAGUCAUUAUAUGACUUGAAUUACAAGCCCUUUCCAGAAAUGAUACCUUAGUGUAGCAGGAAGUGCCAUUGUUACCCAUUCAUUCUCAGAAUCUGAACCAUAUCCUAUCCAUCACAAAUAUAUAUAUAUUUUUAAAUAUUUUAUUAGUUGAAUAGAAGAACAACAUAUAAUCAAAUACAAGCAAUCAAAUACAGUUUUCCCCUAACCCCCCCCCAAAGAAAAACAGCCCCAACUACUUCCAGGUAAUUACAUUAGUAAUAAAGGUAAAGGGACCCCUGACCAUUAGGUCCAGUCGUGACCGACUUUGGGGUUGCAGCGCUCAUCUCGUUUUCUUGGCUGAGGGAGCCGGCGUACAGCUUCCGGGUCGUGUGGCCAGCAUGACUAAGCCGCUUCUGGUGAACCAGAGCAGUGCACGGAAACGCCGUUUACCUUCCUGCCGGAGCGGUACCUAUUUAUCUACUUGCACUUUGACGUGCUUUCAAACUGCUAGGUUGGCAAGAGCUGGGACCAAGCAACGGGAGCUCACCCCGUCGCGGGGAUUCGAACCACCGACCUUCUGAUCAGCAAGCCCUAGGCUCUGUGGUUUAACCCACAGCACCACCCAUGUCCCUACAUUAGUAAUAUAAUCAAAUAAAAAAAUAUUUCCACAGUUGCUGGUUUAAAAAAUAUCAUUCCACAUGCUCCCAUGUGUCUUAGGUGAUUUAAAUGCAUGUUCUUUCUUUGAUGCAUAUGUAAUAAAGGAGGACCACGUUGUGUAAAAGUUAUGUUGUUUUCUUUCACGUACCCUUUCUGUUAACUUUUCCAUCAAAAUUAAUUCCCAGACAUAAGCAUACUAAACUUCAUAUAUUGCGAAAACGGAAUGCUGGACUAGAUGGGCCAUUGGCCUGAUCCUGCAGGGCUCUGCAUAUGUUCAGCAUGGCCAAUGUUCAGGGGAGAUGGGAGUUGCAAUCCAAGAACAUCUGGCAGGUCACAGGUUCCCUGUCCAUAAUAUACUGGCUCCAGUGCUGAAGGUUCUGUAUAACCAGCAUGACAAUCAGUCAGAGGUAGAGGAGGAAUUCAGAUCAUUGUUGCACUUUAAUACAAAUCAACCCAAUCUGCACCUCCAGAAACAAUAUGCAAGCCAAUCCUUUGAAUUAGCACAACUCCAAAUUUGCAAUGCAAUAAAUGAUGUGCAUAAAAAUUCAUGUGAGUGAAAAUUUCAAAUGGAAAAUGCAGUAUAUUGGGGGAAGCUGCUUGCAUAAAAAGUCUCUGUGUAUAGGGAAAACGACACACACAAAAUGUGUGUAUUAGGGAAAAGGCUGCACUUUAAAAUGCUGAUACAUUUUAAAAUUUAUUUUAAAAACCAGAAACUGAAGUAGGAACAGAGUGAACUGGACUUCAGGUCAGAAGAAUGAAAGAAAGAUUGAAAGUGAAAUUGACAGAUUUGUGCAUCCCUAGCAGUCAACGAUUCCAUUCUUCUUUCAGUAGAAUGGCUCCCUUUCAAAAGUGGGAAAUGAAACACAAUAGGCAGAUCUUUGAAAAGGGCCCAUUCAUAAGAGCCAAGGACUUUGGCUUUCCGAAUAGCAAACUAGGUGAAAGACCCAGUCUGUUGUAGCUGCUGUUUUUGAAUGGGGAACAAUGUGUGAUCUGGCAUGUGUUUGCAACAAGAAUGUAGAACAAUUUGGAAACUGCAAACAUCUUUUCAUUGCAAUCAUUGUAUAAUCUGUCUUUGCAGCUAAAUAUCCCAAACAUGAGAAAUAUCCCAAACUGGAACCAGAGUGGGUUUAUUUGAUUAAUUGACUGAACAUGCAUAUUUUUCCAAAUGAAAAGACAUUAAUUCUCAAGGGGAAAAGAACUUCGGUUGGGCUGGGGGAUGUUGUAGUCCUGCAGUUGUUGUUGCGAUCCAAGUUCCAUUAGUCCCAACCAGUCUGCUCCAUCUUCAGAGGUAAUGGGAAUUAGAACCCAACUAAAUCUGAAGGGUCACAUAUUUCCCACCCAUAUUUUAGACGAUCCCCAUACAUAUUGCAGCAGGGGGCCUCUUAGAGUAAUGCCGUAUUUCUUGAGUCCAACUCAGAUUCCAAAUGCUGCUGAUUCGCAGGAGGCAAGAUUUCCCCCCAGUCUUGCUGUUGUGCUCUUGUCAAGCUUUCAACGAGCAUCUGGCCAGUCACUGUAAGAACUGGAGGCUAGACCAGAAAGGCCACUGGUUUGAUCUAGCAGCCUCAUCUUAUGGUUUUAUGUACAUAGAACCCAUCUCUCUAUGACUAAGGGCAGGGGAGCCUCUACGAAGAUGAUACCUACAAUCCAGAGUUUGUGUAAAUACUUGCUUAUUUAUUUAUUUGCUGUUACAGUGGUACCUCGGGUUAAAGCCGCUUCAGGUUACAGACUCCGCUAACCCAGAAAUAGUACCUCGGGUUAAGAACUUUGCUUCAGGAUGAGAACAGAAGUGGCGCGGCAGUGGCGCGGCAGCAGUGGGAGGCCCCAUUAGCUAAAGUGGUGCUUCAGGUUAAGAACAGUUUCAGGUUAAGAAGGGACUUCCAGAAUGAAUUAAGUUCUUAAGUCCACUGUAUUAGCUAUUUACUGGCUUCAUAAAACAUGAUCUCUAGGUGCCAUACAAAACAAAACCUUCACAAUGGUGAAAUUGUAAAACUCCAAAAUGAAUUUUUAAAAAAAUAAAAAUUUAAAAUUAUUUUUAUUGAGCUUUACAGUUUUUUAUCAUAUUAAUAUCACAUACAAAAGAAAAAUAAAACAUUUCCCCAGAUUCCCAUCCCCGCCCCCUUUGGACUUCCCUCAACAUCCUCUUCUGAUUUUUUAAGAUGUUUGCUUCCCCUGCUUGCUAUAUUACAUCUUCAUAUUGAAUAUUCUUUAUAUCGCAUAUUGUUCUCUUAUCGUUUUACCAUCAAUUGUGUUUACUCAAACCCUGCUAAUGUGUCCAUUUCUUUACAUUGUUUUUGUAAGUACUUAAUAAAUGGUUCCCAGUCUUUUAAAAAGUCUCUAUUGUCGUUGUCUCUAAGUCUUUCAAUUAGUUUCGCCAUUUCAGCAUAUUCCAUAAAUUUUUGUUGCCAUUGUUCUUUGGCUGGUGUUUCAUCACUUUUCCAUUUUGGGACUAGCAAUAUCCAUAGCUGUCAACUUUUCCCUUUUCUUGCAAGGAAUCCUAUUUGGAAUAAGGGAAUUUCCCUUAAAAAAGGGGAAACGUUGACAGCUAUGGCAAUAUCCUAGCCGCAGUUGUAGCAUACAUGAAGAGUUUCUUCUUCUCUUUUUGCAUGUCUUGACCUGAAAUGCCUAAUAAAAAUGGUUUCUGGUCUCUUAACAAAGUUUAUCUUAAACCUUUUAAAAAAAUUAACCAGGAAUGAAACCCAAGUGCAGAAAGAAUAACAUAAUGAAAUACAAGGUAAAUCACAGGUACAAACAACAAUCAGUAAGCAGAGGAGCUAAAACAAGUGCCAGCCAAACCGCAGGGACUAAAAGACCAAUAUGAGAGAGAGAGAGAGAGAGAGAGAGAGAGAGAGAACAGAAAAGCAUACUAUGGCAAGGGAACCACCACCCAAAAGGCCAUCCCAUCUGGGUGAACCUCAGGACAUUUGACAACAUGAACACAUGGAGAAAAGCAUACCUUAAUAUUGUAGUUAUUAUAAUCUGCCUCUCCAGUUGAUCCUUCCCAAGAGGGGAAUUGUAAAAUAUAAAAAACAAUAAAAGCCACAUUAUUAUACUGUUUUUUUUAUUAUUAAUUGAGAAUUAAAAAUAACCUUUUUGGAAGAUUCUAAUUUUUCAUAUUUACUUCUCUUUCCUAUUUUGGCAGCUGAACUGAAAAAUCUGUACCUAAUUGGAUUUAUGAUGCACAAAUAUCUGUAGGUGAUAGCCAAAAUACUAAUGCAUGAAGUGGGUUUGUGAAGAGAUCUAGGGACACCAAGCAACUUUUAUGAAGCAUGGCAUAUAUAUUUUUACUUCUUAUAGAAACAAUAUUGAAAUUUAAUACCUGCCAUCAAAGGCUGUAAUAAACAUCAGAACCUGUAGAAAAUUGAAAUUAAGGGUGGUCUUCAUCUAAGUUCCACUCAGAUUCAUUGAAUUUAAUGAACUUAAGUUAAUCAUGUCCAUUAGCUUCAAAGAGUCUACUCUGAGUAGGGCUAGCAUUGGAUACAUCCCACUGGUUUUUUUAUAGUAGAUCAUGUGGUUAUCUGUUGUUUUCCUUCUGUCAGGCAUCAGCUAUGAUAUAUAAUCUUUCACUUUUGUGUCUUCUCCUUGUUUACAAAUAGCCAUCCAAAUUACCCAUGACAUAUGUGAAAUCAUAAAUAAUCAGAAUAAUGCUAUGUAAUUGUUCAUUAUAUUGAAAAUAAUUAUGUUUUAAAACCUAAUAAAAAAAUAAAACAAAUGCCAGGACAAAAUCCAGAAAACUAUCAUCCAUUAAAUGGAUUAGAGCCCCAGGAAGACUUGUAGGACUGUAUGAAUUGUUGGAGCACCGCGAAAGAAAGCAAUGUCUGCUGUGCUAAGAUUUUACAGAUCUCUUUAAGGCAAGGAUAGGGAACCUGUGGCCUUCUAGAUCUUGUGGAACUACAACUCCCAGCAUCCCUGGCUAUUGGCCAUGCCAGUUGGGGCUGGUGGGCAAUGGAGUCCACCACCACCGUCCAGAAGACCACAGUUUCCCCAUCCCUUCUGUAAGGGAAAAAUCACUGUAUUUUUAUUUUGAUAAGCGCUAUUUAUGUAGACAGUGUUAUUCCCAUCUGGAAGCGUAUCUUAUUUUAAACCAAUGUCGCAGUCUUUUUAUACAGUGUCGCCUGUCGAUUGCCUGUUUUACCGUAUUGGCCUGAACAUAAGCCGCACUUCCCUCCCCAAAAAAUUCUGACCGUGAAAAGUACGGCUUAAAUUUGCGACCUUACAAAAAUUGGCUUUUACGAUAUCGCUGUAAGGUUUUCUUCUACAUUUGCCAUUUAAGGGUAUGAGUGCCUGCGGAAUUAUAAGGGAGCGGCUUAUAUUUGGGUAUUCCCCCCCCCCUUGAAUUUUAAAGGUGCGACUUAUUUGUGGGUGCACCUUAUAUUUGGGCCAGUAUGGUAUUUCAAAGGUUGUUGGGUUUUUCCCGCUGACUCUUAGCUGACGUUGCUUUCCCUUUCCUUUUCCUUUAACCAGCUGACAAGGUCAAUGACGACUUCUACUCCAAACGGCGCCAUCUCUCGGAGCUCGCCGCAAAGGGGAACCUGCCCCUCCACCCGGUGCAUAUGGAGGAUGACCGCCCACACAUCCUCGAGGGUGGCACCAUGAAACACAACGGGCAGAAGUCGAAAGCCUCUAAGCCACACAUGCACCCUUUAGCGUACAAAACCUGGGACCCUAGCGACCAGUCCCUCCGAAGGCAUGCCUAUGCAACCAAAGGAAGGAACCUCGCAGGUGAUCCGGCGGGGAGUGAUCCACUCACGACGCGGAGUCAGCAUUACUUACCCACACAGCCAUACUUCAUCACCAACAGCAAGACAGAAGUGACUGUUUGA